UGAUAGGAAUUGAACCUGAGAUAGUUCUUAACUCACGUCAUUGACCACUAGACCACACCCUCCUUAGGUGCAGCCGAAUUUUUGUACUUCUGGAAGCAAAAAAUUUGCAAUUAACUUAUCGGGAAGCUAACUGUAUAUUAUCUUCAAUACAGUAGUGAUUGUCAGACAAAAUUCCCUAUCACUUAAUUUCUGCUAUGUUUAGAAUGGCUAAAAUAACUAGUGAGCCUAUAAUUCUUUUGUUUGCCUUUAAGAUGUAAUUGAAAUUAAGUACUAUUAUAAUAGAGGGGUGGAUGCCUCGAGUCAUUAUGAAGCAAGGAAUGGCUUCUUUUGGGGAUUCGUGGAUCCAGGAAUAUAAUGAAGCAGGAAAACUCGCGGAUGACAUCAGUAACAUGAUAUCUGGAAGAAGUUCGUCGCCCUCAACAGGACCAGAAGCACAGCGUUAUUCAUCUUCAAUAAGGAGGAAGAUCACAAUAUUAGGAACUAGACUUGAUAGCUUACAAUCUAUUGACUCUAAGCUUCCUGGAAAGCAACGUUUGACAGAGAAAGAGAUGAAUCGUCGGAAGGAUAUGCUUGCAAAUUUAAAAUCAAAAGCAACUCAAAUGGUUUCCACUUUGAAUAUGUCGAACUUUGACAAUAGGGACAGCUUACUUGGACCAGAAACAAAGGCAGCGGAUGCUAUGAGCAGAACUACAGGCCUUGACAAUUAUGGUGUUGUUGGUCUUCAAAGGCAAAUUAUGAAAGGCAAGUUGUUGUGCUAUUGGUUUUUCUGUUUCUUUUGUAUGUUAUCUAUUGGCUUUUCUAUUUGUGUAGAACAAGAUGAGGGGUUUGCAAAAUUAGAGAAGACUGUGAUGAACACCAAACAUAUAGCCUUGACAGUUAAUGAGGAGCUCGACUUGCAUACAAGACUCAUUGAUACCCUGGACGAACAUGUUGAUGUCACUGACUCAAGACUUCAGCGAGUUGGGAGGAAGCUUGCAAUUUUGAACAAACGCACAAAGGGUGGUUGCUCUUGCAUGUGCAUGCUUUUAUCAGUGACUGGGAUUGUUCUGCUUGUUGCAGCUAUAUAUGUGUUGAUCAAGUACCUGUAAAUGAGAGGAAAAAAGGUAUACUGUAAAUGCAAAAAGAACAAAUACAUUUGAUUGUGCGUCCGGUAGAAUUCGAACUUGAAUCUUCCCUCUGCUUCUCUUUUCUUGCAUUGCUUGGUGUGAUUUGAUAAUUGAUAUGUUCCG